GAAAUCAAAAAUAUAAAUGAAAUCCCCUGUGCUUGACAGAACUUGCUUCAAUUUCUUUCUCCAAUGGAGGAGCUCUCCAAUAUCAACCGUUUACGCCACCGCGAACAGCUGCCGCAAACUCAACAAACCUCCUUGAGGCCCAAUUCCAGCACCACUACUAGGGCCUAUCAAGAAACGGAGCACGAAGAAGAUGAAUUGAAUCGAGACAGCUCAUUUUUGCUCGAUUUCGAUUCAUUGGAUCCACACAGUAAUUCGAAUUCCUAUUUCUUUAUACCGGAUGAAUACAACGCUAGUUCCAAUUUUGGUUUCAAUUUUAAUGCAGAACCCGAUAGCUGGGUUUGCGAGUAUUCGGAUUCCUUACCUGACCGAAAUUGCCGUUUAUGUCGAGAAGGAUACGACGAGCCGAUGAAUUUUGUUACCGAUCUGUUCGAGUCCCGCGAAGCCCAAAUUCUGGAUGACCCAAUUCGGGAGUUCGAUUCAGGUCUGUCGGAGGAUACGAGGAUGGAAUUUGGGUUCGGUCCGGGACUUGGUUCGGAUUCGAUCCCGCUGGAGCUUGGGAUUCGGGUUGAGGGUUCGAAUGCGGAGUCUGAUUUCGGUGAAUUUGAUGUAAAUUCUGGGUUUAUUGUUAAUGAUGAUGACAAUUACGAGAGCUUUGGGGUGAAUGAAUAUCGUAUUAUUGAAAACCAAAGAGAAGAGUUUGAGUGGGAGGAGGUCAGUGAGAGAAACCAAUUUGACGAGAGAGAGAAUUUUGAUUCCGUGAUUGAUCGAAUUGGGGGAGUCUUGGUUUCUUCAAAUGUUCCAUCCCCAGAAGGCGAGAAUUCAUUCUUAGAUGUAGCAGAAGGUGAAUUAGAAGAAGAUGACGCAGAAGAAGAAGAGAGAAAUGUCGAGUGGGAAGUGCUCAUGACAGCAAAUAAUUUGGAUAGUGAUUUUGGUUUCGAGAACCAGGAAGAAUAUAACAAUGAUCGUGAAUUUGCUCGUUUUGAUCUUCCAGAUGAUUAUACUUUGACGAUGGAACAAUGGGUGGAGAAUGAGAAUGCUGUAAAGAUUGGUCUUCCUGCGUCAAAAUCCGUGGUGGAGAAUUUGCCUUCAGUGGUGUUGACAGUUGACGAAGUUCAGAAGAACAAUGAUUCUGUUGUUUGUGCAGUUUGUAAGGAGGAUGUUGCAGGUGGAGAAAAGAUAACUAGAAUGCCUUGCUUCCAUCUUUAUCAUGGAGACUGCAUUUUGCCAUGGCUUGAGAUCAGGAAUACAUGCCCUGUUUGUAGGUACGAAUUGCCUACAGACGAUGCAGAUUAUGAGAAGAGGCAGAGGGAUAGCCGAUUGGGGUGGUGAUGGAGUUGAUCAUCUCUUGGUCGAUGAUUCUCAGAUGAAAUGAUGAAGGUAGUUUACCAAGCCACCCGCUCUGGAAGCUAGUUUCCAGGAAGAAGCAACUACUCUUUAUUGGAUUCAAGAAGUAAAAGCGGCAUUUGUAGGGACGCAAAAGCGAAAGUCGCUUUUGGUGCUCCUAUGUAGAAUCUCUGGAUUUCAUCCCCACGCAACCCAGUUCAAGGCGUAAUAUUUCUCAUAGAAUCUCGAGUUUUCCUUGCCACUUUGUUAUCUUCUUUAUCUCCCGAGACAUUACAGUACUAACGGUUUUCUUUUUCCAAUAUGAACCACCCCUUGCCCAGAUCGAUGCGCUCUCUAUCUUUAAUCUGAAUUUGUACUUUGUUGAUAUAUGUAGCAUGGAAGCUGUGUGUAAAUUUCUCUAUUUUUAGCGUUAACUUUCAGAAGGAU